AAUCAUUACCGUUAGCGCGGCGCUGCGCUGCGCUGCUCCAGUGAACGUUCGGUUCCGCUGGGAAGCACUGAACGUCGCUGAGCUGCGCAACACCGCGCGCAGAGCGGUCUUUCCUCCCCACUUACUGUGAGCGGGUGACAGUGUCGACGAGCACUGACCUGUCCGGCAUGUGAGACCUGGAGGAGAGGAGCGGUCAUAGCGCGUGGAGUCAAUGCACCCCCCAGCCCCGAGCCCCCAUUCCACCCCCAACUCCACUGCUUCCGCGCGACGCGUAGUCUACGUAGACGCGGCCACACCUGCAGCGCGCGCUCCGCGCUCACCUGCGGCGGUUCCACCGGCGAGAACCAGGCUCCACGCUUUAGCCCAGGAAUGUAAGAGAAGAGCGAGCGCUACAAGCCAAGGACGUACAUCGAUUUCAUAUUAGCUCAGCCGCGGCGUGCGACGAGAAGCCAGGACACUGAAGUGAGACGGGGGCGAGUGGGAGGACUUGUCUUGGUUGGUGAGGAGGGACGGACUCUCUCUGCCUGCCUGGUCUCACCUCACCUGCUGAACAGGUCAGAGCGGGAGCGGGAGCAGGAGAACGACCUCCGCAGCACGCGACCAGCCUGCGAGUGUGUAUCUAUCUAUCUGUGUGUGUUUUACACGUUUGUUUGUACUCACGUAUCGACUGAAGUCCUGCUUGACUCCGACAUCAAUUUCGCUUGUUGAGAAAUUCCGGGGUUUGUUGCCGACGACGUUCUUGAGAAGUUGGAGCCGCCGGUAAGUUCACUUCGCGUUUGCGCCGUUCCGUUCGGCGUAGAAACGCGCCGCGGAAGAGAAGUAAGAGGAGGAAGGCUGGGGAGUGCACACGAGCAAAGUCCAGUACAAUAGGAGCAGACGCACGUACAAGGAAAAGUGUGACAUUAUGUGACAAGUGGGGUGGAGUCACGGCAUUGAUAAGACAGGUCAUUUCAUUUGGCCAUCGAAGACUAAUGCGACGCUGGAGAGGGGGGUGACAGUGAGGAGGACGAGAGGAGCUGCGAAGCGACGUUUUGCAAACGAGCUCGAAGACGAAGGACGCUGCAGGAUAGCUAGUUGCUGGACAUGAGAAGCUGGCUAUCCAGUUUGUCAUCCCCAGUUGUGUGAGUGCAUCCAGGUGAACUGAGCCAGCGUUAAGGGGCCAGCUCUACAACAUGUCUGAGAUGGAGGACUUCCCCCCUCCGCCCAGAGGCCAGGCUGACCCGGCACGGAUCCAGAGGGAUGUGCUGGAGGAGCAGGUGGAGCUAUGGUGGUUCCGGGAGCCUCGCAAAUCACUCCUGUGCUACUGCGCCUCAGUGGGACUGGUACUGGGCUGUGGCCUAGGUGGGGUGCUCCUGCUCUCCACAACCACCAGCCAGUCCAGCGAGUGGCGGCUGGGCGCAGGGACGGCCCUCUGCCUGCUGGCACUGGCUGUGCUACUCAAGCAGCUGCUGAGCUCCGCCGUGCAGGAUAUGAACUGCGUGCGGAGCCGGCAGCGUGUCGAGGUGCUGAAGAGCGGCGGCCUAUCGGAUGUUCUGGUCCUCAUGCUUGCCGGACUGUCCCUGCUGGCGUGUGGCGCCGUGCUGCUGGACCUGGCAUUGGCCAGUGGGCUGCCCCGACCUGGACUUGCGCUCAACGACAUGUUUAUCUCUGGCGUGGCACUGCUGGCAGCUGGCGGGACCACUGUGCUAGCUGUUUUAGUGUUCUCCCUUGUGGUCUUUCUACGGGACAGAACUGGCCCUGGACAAAGGCUGAGAAACCAGGUAGUGAGGGUCUUCACGGUCUCCAGCCAUAUGAAUCAGAACCGCAGAGAGACUACCUCCAGCAUGGCUAACCUCAUCUAAGGAAAGGACUGAAGGUGGAGCCUGCUAUUCUCAGAAUUUGUCUGAAGGAACUAAUGUGAAAAUCUAACAUAUCAUCAACAUCAUGUGGCUGGACAAAGAACCACACAAAGCUUGCCAGAAGAAUCAACCUCCACAUUCAGUGUGUGCACCCUUGGACGUGCUCCCUCACGAAAUGACUUCUUCCAUAAGAUCCGUAAUCCUGCCGAUUCACGAGGAGGCUCUUCCAGUCGCCUAAACUGACAGUGCUGGGGUACUGCAGUCUCGCACCGGCCGCUGUUGGCCCAAUGUGUGCAUUUAAGUGUUCAUCACCUGCUGACACUGGCAACUUUGUCACUUAGUUGUCACUGGAGAGCAGCCCACUUACGUUCCAGACCUGAUAAGGACCAGAGAUCGGGGAGAGUCCGUCUGUCUGAAUCCAUCUUAUUGGACCGGCUACCUUCUCCUAAGUGCGAGAUUUGGGCUUGCCGAUUAUGAAACAACCGGAUCUACACCAAAGAGAAGAAUCUCAUUGAUGAAGAGCUUAGAAGGGUAGUGCGGAGCAAAGAUAGCACUGGG